CCGCCCGUCAAUUGUUUUCAUAAAUUGACGUGUCGUGUCAAAUGCGAAAAAACCCAGAAUAAACCGUAAACACACUCGCAUGGAGUUCCUGAAGAGUGGCAUAAAGACGGUGCUGGGCGGCACGGAGCCGGGCCAGCAGCCGAGUGCCGCCGAGACGGUGGAGAAGCUGGUGGACCGCGUCUACUCAUCGACGCUCCUGGAGGAUCGGAGGGAUGCUUGCCGGGCGCUGAAGGCCCUGUCCCGCAAAUACCGCAUCGAGGUGGGCGCCCAGGGCAUGCCGCCGCUGGUGCAGGUGCUCCAAAACGACGGACAGGAUGCGGAGAUCAUCAGCUAUGCGUUGGACACCCUGUGCAACGUGGUAACCAGCGAGGAAUUCGAUGAGGAGGCCGACAAUCCCACGGUUUCGGUGAAUGUGGGGGAGCAGUUCACGGAGAUGUUCAUCAAGACGCCGGAGCAUGUCACCCUGGUGAUGGGCUACCUGGACGAGUACGAUUUCCGGGUUCGCCGCGCUGCCAUCCAACUGAUAACGUCCCUCAUCUCAAACAAGACGCGGGAACUGCAGGAUCUGGUCCUGGUCAGCCCCAUGGGCGUGUCCAAGCUGAUGGAUCUGCUGACGGACAGUCGCGAAGUGAUCCGCAACGAUGUCCUACUGCUGCUGAUCGAACUGACCAAGGGUAACUCGAAUAUCCAGAAGAUUGUGGCCUUUGAGAACGCCUUCGAUCGCCUGUUCGAGAUUGUCCGGGAGGAGGGCUGCUCCGAUGGCGGUAUCGUGGUGGAGGACUGCCUGAUACUGCUACUGAAUCUCCUUAAGAACAACUCCAGUAACCAGCAGUUCUUCAAGGAGGGCAGCUACAUUCAGCGUUUGGCACCGAUGUUUGAGCUUUCCCAGGAUACAGAGGAGAUUGGCUGGUCGCCGCAGAAGGUCUCGAACUUCCACUGCCUGUUGCAAGUCGUCCGGGCACUGGUCACACCCAGUAACCAACAGCAGGUGGUGGCCGCCUGCCAGCGUGUCAUGCAAAAGUCCCGGCUGCUCCAUGCUCUCUGCGAGAUUCUGAUGAGUAGCGGUGUGCCAGCGGAUAUACUCACGGAGACGAUCAAUGCCGUGGCCGAAGUGGUGCGCGGCGAUCGCGAUAACCAGGACGAACUGGGAAGGGUUAUGGCCCCGAGCAGUCCACCCAGACCGGCCAUUGUGGUUCUGCUAAUGUCCAUGAUUAAUGAGAAACAGUUGCUCGCUCUGCGCUGCGCCGUUCUCUACUGCUUCGAGUGCUUCCUUUACCGCAAUGCCGAUGGCCAGCGGGCAGUGGUGCAGACCCUGCUGCCCUCCAGUACCUCCGAUGUGAGUGCCCUUUCGACGGGCCAACUUCUUUGCACCGGACUCUUCUCCACAGACGCCCUGGCCAACUGGUUCUCCGCCGUGGCCCUGAUGCACUCCCUUGUGGAGAAUGUGGCUCUCAAAGAGGAACUACUGCGCGUCCUGCUGGCAACACCCGGCGGCCAAAGGCCCAUCACGCUGCUCGAGCAGUGCACCAAUCUCAUGCAGCAGGAGCGCUACCGUCUGCAAAGCAAGGUGGGCCUGCUAAUGCUGCUCAGCCUGUGGCUAGCCCACUGCCCGGGAGCGGUGAAGGCUCUGCUGGAGACGCAGGGCACCAUGGCCUAUCUGACGGCCCAACUCUGCUCCAACGAGCACGACGAACGCGAAUUCCUGGUCCAGGGCAUGUGCGCCUUUCUCAUGGGUCUGUGCAUCCAGUUCAAUGACAACUCGCUGCCCGGCCAGAAGCGCGAGGACAUCAGUCAGCUGAUCAUCAAGCGAAUUGGUCAGGAGAGCUUCUGCAGCAAACUGGGCGAGGUGUCGCGCCACGAGGCCUACAGUAGGGCCUGCAAACAAGCGCAGAUCCGGGCCAAAUCCGCCGGAGAACUACUGCUUGACUACGAGUACUGCAAGUUGUACAAGGGCUUGGAGGCUCUGAUUGCCAAGCUGGUCAGCGGAUUCGAUGUGGAUGGCAUCGAACUGACGGAACUCACCCUGAGUUCGGAAGCCUCUGCUCUGGUCUCCCAGUACAAGGGAAUUAUCCGGGGCAUGGAUGCGCAGAUUCAAGCCCUGCAGCAAUCCUCCAAGGAACUGGAGCAGGAGAAUGCUGAGCUGAAGGAGAAACUCGUUGAGGAGCAGUCGCUCAAGGCGCAGCUUUUGGACCAGAAUACACUGCUAAAGGCGCAGCUGGGAGCUUCGGCGGGUCAGGUGCACUCCACCCCGGGAUCGGAAGCCACAACGGCCAACGAUGAGGAGCUGAAUGCUGCUCGCUACCAAGCCAACAUGUACUUCGCCGAGAAUAUCCGGCUGACCAAGGAGCUGGAGACGCUGCGUCAACAGUUCUCGGCCGAAAAACAGCGGGCGGAUGCGGCGCAGGAAUCCCUGGCGGCCACGCAAAAGGAUCAGGAGGAUCUGCUCGAACUGCUGGCCGACCAGGAGGCCAAACUGACGCGAUACGAGGAAGCAGCUUCUAAUGAAGCUCCCAGCGGGCCGGCAGCUGAGGAGGAGAGUCCCAUCCCAAGUGGCACCGCCAGCAGAUAAGGAUCCUUUUCCGGAUAACUUGCUGACCACGUAUUACAACAGGAUACUGCUCGACUGCCCAAAAAAACCCCUUACCAUCUUAUAUACACACAUUCUACUUGUUUUUAUUUAUAUAUAUUUUACUUACGUACAGAAUAUAUGUUUAGAUCGGAAUUUAAAA